AUGGCUCGACUCGUGGCGCUCGUGGUGGUCUGCAUUGUUCUGCCCUUCUCCCGCGGGAUUCCUGUAAAGCCAGCUUUAGAGGAGAAAACACAAGAGUACUGGAACCAGAAAGCAAAAAGAGAUCUGGACUCUGCUCUCAAAAUGGAGCCCAUCAACCACCAAGCCAAGAACCUCAUCUUGUUCCUGGGAGAUGGGAUGGGAGUUUCCACAGUGACUGCCAUGCGCAUCCUGAAGGGGGAGCUGCUGAACACAUCAGGAGAGGCCGCCACACUAAUCACGGACACUUUUCCAUAUCUCGCUCUCUCUAAGACCUACAACGUAGACAGGCGAAUCCCUGACAGUGCAGGAACUGGAACUGCAUAUCACUGCGGGGUCAAAGCUAAUGCUAAAACUGUUGGGGUGAGCGGUGCAGCCGAGCCGUCCAAAUGCAGUACCACAUUUGGAAAUGAAGUUACAUCUGUCCUGCACAGAGCCAAAGAACAAGGCAAGUCUGUAGGAAUUGUGACCACCACUCGAGUACAACACGCUUCUCCUGCUGCUUCCUAUGCCCACUCAGUGAGCAGAGACUGGUACAGUGAUGCUGACCUUUCCAAGGAUGCCAUCGAUGGAGGGUGCAAGGACAUUGCGCUACAGCUGAUUGAGAAUACAGACAUCGAUGUGAUCCUCGGUGGAGGUCGGAUCUACAUGACUCCUCAAGGCACUCCAGACCCUGAAUACCCAAGCAGUACUUCAUCAAAAGGAUUGAGAAAAGACAAUAAAAAUCUCAUCAGUAUGUGGCAGGAAAAACACAAGUCAAAGGUAGCUAAAUAUGUGUGGAAUAAGAUGGAGCUGGAUGCUGUUGAUUUGCGGACCACUGACUACCUCAUGGGACUUUUUGAACCAAAAGACAUGAAGUACGAAUUGAACCGAAACAAAACCUUAGACCCCUCAAUUGUGGAGAUGACUGAGAAAGCCAUCGAAAUCCUCAAAAAAAACCCCAAGGGAUUUUUCCUCUUUGUCGAAGAUAAUGGCAGAAUUGAUCACGGCCAUCAUGACACCAAGGCAAAGCAGGCCUUGACUGAGGGGGUGAUGUUUGACCAGGCAAUUCAGCGGGCUUUACAGAUGAUCGAUGAGACUGAGACCCUCACAGUAGUGACUGCUGAUCACUCUCAUGUCUUCACUUUCGGAGGAAACACGUAUCGAGGCACCUCCAUAUUUGAUCUGACUCCAAAACUUGCUCAGGAUGGCUUGCCUUAUACAGGCAUCUUAUAUGGCAAUGGUCCAGGGUUUUCAAUCGUUAACGGUACAAGAGAAAAUAUCACCACAGUCAAUUACAUGGAUAAGGAUUAUAUGCAGCAGGCUGCUGUCCAGCUGGAUUCAGAGACUCACGGUGGAGAAGACGUGGCUAUAUUCGCUAAAGGCCCAAUGGCUCAUCUCUUCCAUGGUGUCAAGGAACAGAACUACGUUGCUCACGCUUUGGCCUAUGCCGGCUGCAUUAAGCCAUACACAGAGUGCCCCCACAGGAAUAAUUCGGUUACAAUUGCUCAAGCUAAUUCUGGCCUUGUUGCUGUGCUCCUCUCCUUGUCCUACCUUCUAGGAAGAUGA